AUGGUCUGGUUUUUGACCCUGCAGACGUUUCUGGCCUCCGUGUCAGGGGCGAUUACUUGGCCAUGGUCCGCGCAGUUGGAUCGGUCUGAGGAGGCCGACAACAAGCGUGCACUGGACCUGAAGUGCUGGGCAGUGAUCCUGGGCCACAUCACCGGCUUCGCCUUCAUCAGCGCGUGGUCGCAGCUGCACGAGCACUUCGACGGGUCCUUGAUCAUCUUUCCGCUCGCGUAUUGCGUCCUGCGGCUACUUUUCAAGCUGGCGGAGAAGGCCCGUGAGGUUGUCAUCUACGGCGACGAUGGUGAGAAGGACGUCAUGGAAGAGCACUGGGAGGAAGCAACGGAGGAGACAGAGGACGACGUCAUGGGCCUAACCAUGUCCUACCUCCUCGUCCAGACGAUUCGCUUUUGGGCCACGGGUUACAUGCCCGAUGCCGAAGGAAAUAUGCCCGGAGGCCAUACGACCAGUGACCUUCAGGCUGCGCUCUUCAUGAUCGUCGGCAUUCUGAUAGCAGCUGCAUCCUACAUGCGCACCGUCUACUUUCCGGAUUGGAGAGACCGCAAUGCGAUGUGGCUUCGACUGGUUUGUGACUUCUCCUUUUCGUGGACGAUCAUGUUCGGAAUCGACGCGUUCUUGACAAACUCUGGUCUUGGCGGCGCUGAAUUCGGCGUUGUGGGUGACGUGAUCACUGCCUGCAUAGUCACGGUUUGGGCAUUUGCCGUCGUUUACUUCCUUGACAAGAAGGUGGACUCGGCCAUGCACAAAGAAGAGGAGCUGGCCGCCAGUCCGAACUCGAGAGACCAGGCGAAGGCCAAGCUCCAGAAGAGGAAAAGAGCCGCCAUGCGUGGCACCAUUUUAGCCUUGGGAGUCUUGAUUGGUUUCGCCUGGGAGAAGAGUUUCGACACAGCAGUAGAUGACACCGCCGAGAAGGAGAGCAAAAUCAUGCCGCCUUCUUUCAUCAAGGUGGUCUUGGCCAUGCUUCUGGCCACUGUGGUCCUUCCGGCCUGGCGCUGGUACAUCUUGCCUGAGGUCGUGCGUUUGGGUGGCUUUUCGGAUCCGGCAGAUGAGGAAGCCGAGGACCGGAGAGGGCUCUUGAGAGCAUCACCUUCCUUCAUCUCUGCGUGCAACAGCCUCUGGUUAGUAUGCUCUUAA